ACAGGGGAAUGUAAUUGCUUGUUUCAUGAGUAAACCAAGAACUCCCUUUGUAUGCACUCAAAGAACAAGAGCUUCAGGCUUGUACUAAAGCCAAACUCCUCCCUUUCACUUCUCUCGAUCAGCCAAGCCCGAAGUCUAAGAUGUCUUUGCAGCCACAGCAGCAGCAACUGCCGCAGCAGCAACAGCAGCCCGUUGUGGUUUACCCCAACACCGUCACAGGUCAGCUGGCGCCACCGUCCGUACACCGCUCAAAUGGGUCCUUCGGGUCAGUUUUUAUUGUCCUGGCCGUAAUCAUUGUUGUGUCGGCAAUUGCUUGCUUUCUUGGCCGCCUCUGCAACCGGCGAUACCGCAGCCAAAAACCCAAGGAAAACCACCACCACCACCACCUCAACCACCGUCCCAAACAAUCUGGGGACAUUGAGUUCGGGUUUGAUAAGAAAGGUUCAGCUGCUAAGCCAGGUGGAAAUGGAGGAAGCAGAGGACACAAGGGAUUCGAAACUGUUGACCACAUCAAAGGCGGAAUGAAACCUGCUGAGCGUGAAGGAUACCUCAGAACCGAUGCAUGAUAAUGGGUACAGAAAGAGGAGGUUCGAUCUACAAAUUUCAGUUAUCUACCUGAAUGACAUUUCCAUCAAAUCCUUCGUUUUUUUUUCUUCGACUGUAUCUUUACAUUUCCAGCCGGAACUUGAAUAUGUAAUUACAUAUGGUAUUGUAACGUGCAGAAAUUUGAAUUA